AUGUUGAGUGGUAGUUCUACUUUGCUGCAGCUCUUGAAGAGGCCGUCCGCUAUCUCCUUACUCCAUGACCUGGUUUCGACGUCUUCAGCUGCAGGCAUCGAGAGAUUGAACGUUCGGACGGAAAGAUGUAUCAACUGUCAGACACGGCGAUCUCAUGCGAAGCCGCUUCCUUGCGACAGUUCGAGCAUCGUCUCCGGCGCGGAAAAGAAUGUGAAAUUACAAGUUUAUGAUAUCGGUCGUGCAAAGUCAUCGAGCAGACUAAAUCGGCGAGAUAUUGGUCGGGGACCUACGGAGGGUGAUCUGCCACUGGCCCUAGACGUCGAUCAGCUCGAAUACGAAUCGUCUUUUCAUACCAAGAAGGUUAAUGGCAGGAAGCGACUUGUGGACGAUCCGGAGAGAAAACACGACUUUGGGCUGUGGAAGGAGCUACUACAGUAUAGAAAGCGGCGAUACGGUCAUCGGGGUGUGGUGGAAAUAUGGAACGGCUUCAUAGACCGAAGUGAUGGUAUACAGCUGCCCGUGCAAGGGGAACCAGCGGAUUAUAUCUGGGAAACAUUCGCGGAAGCAGGACUGGUAGACGAACAACUUUUAUAUGAGUUCACUACAUACGCUGAGAAAUUGUGGUUAAGUUCUAGGAAACGUUGGAGCAGACUGUAUCAAACAGUUGUCGGGGGACUAUUUACAAAAGGGUUACCAGAAGAAGCAAUCUCAUUGCAUCGCAGAUUGCAAUCCAUUCAUCUGGACGGGCCCACUGAUAUCGUCCUAGUGAUGGCACAGGCUGUCUCAUGUACACCCCAGAAACACCCGGACUGGUCGUUGUAUUCGCGUGAAACAAUCACGCUUGGAAAUGGGAGGGGCGUAAGAGCGUUCGGCGAGAUUUGCAUGGCAACAGAGGGCCACCAAAUAUACGAGACUGUCAUUCCUUUUUUACUUCGAAGGGGCCUUAUGCUGGAUGCAGCAUACAUGCAUGAUUUCCUGAUCAAGGGAGGAGAUAUGCCACGUGACCUGAAUACUGUGCAACAAGUUCUAGACUUUGCAAAUUCAGAAGGUCACACCUUCUCCCAGAAGGUCAGGCAGCGACUCCGGAAACUUAAGUCGAGUACUCUGAAUACAUCCGUUCUUGAAUCUCUUGCUCCAUCCGAACAGGUUGGAGCACCUAACAACAAUCUGCAGGAGAAGCCGGAUCGCCCAAAGGACCAAGAGGACUGGAUCAAAGAAAAGACCUUUAGAGAUGAGUUUGGUGCACGACUUUUUGCUACCAAAGCCCUGACGGUGGAUAUGAUUACCAAUGGUUUACAAAUGUUUGGUGUCCAAGCCAUUGGACCGCUUUCCUUACGGGAAAUUGCUCUCAGGGCAGAUGGUCCAAAGGAUAUUUUAGAGAAAAUGAGGGCACUUAGAAAGGCCAAUAUCACCAUUCGUGAUUGCGCAUUCACGAGACUAGUUGAGAAACUAGCACUAGAGCACAAGGAUAUCGUUCUUGAAGAUCUAUUACACAGCGACCAGCAUCCGGACGUCCUAGAAGAUGUCGCUGUACAGGAGAAUUUGCUAUGUUCUUACCUGUUAGCUCGAGAUUGGAGGCUCUACAACCUCACCAAAGCAGUGUUAAAUGAAGUGGCCAAGGACGACAUGGAUAAUAUUCAGUUUCGGGUAUCGCUAUCAGCGAAAGAAUGGUCGGCAGCAUCGGAUGUUGCAGAUAGAAUGUACCUUGAUGCCAAAAGCCUUACACAGCAGAGCAUCGACCACAUGUUCUAUACCGUUCUUACACCGCGACUUCCCGGCCGACUUCAACCCUACCCCGAAGACCCCAAGUUUGACGAAGUCAGUUAUGCGGCCCGAAUCCUGAAACUAGCAUUUAGAUCCGGAACUGAGAUUGACCCUCAAUAUUGGGUUGAGUUAUUGAAACGUAUGGGAAUGCAUAGACAUGAUCAAUGGCAGCAAGUCAACGAAUUGUGUUUAUGGCUUGCCCAUAAUUACGUGGUGCAGGACGACUCUCCAUUUCUGCAUAGUCUAUCGAGAUCCACUGGAACAGAACCCGAUGCGAUCCUAGCGAAGAAUCGCACCCUAAUACGACACAUCUUCAACCCGCGAAUGCAAAUGGCCCUCAUCGCCUGGGGAUUCAAGUCCUCUCUAUGGUAUAAAAACCAAGUCCGCGAAAUAGCCGAUCCAAUCGGCGGCGGAAUGGUUAUCCGCUGGACUCGAGGAUUACUCCUACUCCGAGACCUAGAACGUCUAGGAGUAACCAUCUACCCAAGCUUCGUGCGUCAAGCCUGCCGAGAAAGGCUACAAAUGCUAUUCGGAGAAUUAUACUCGGUUCGAAGAUGGAAUCGGACACUGCGGCAGAAGAAUCCCUUUAGGUUCUCGCGGAUUCUCAAUGAUAUGCUUACUAUUUAUCCGACGCUUUUCACGCAGGAGGACCGGGUUGAUUUGCACAAGCUUAUUGAUCGGCCGUUGCACGGUAUGGCCUCGCGGAGAAUGAGGGAGCAGUAUGAAUGGUUGGGUCAGUGGCCAGCUUCCCGGCAUCGAUGA